AUGUUCCCUGUCUCCUACCAACAUGUCCUGACUGUACGGACAAGGCACAGCGGCCGUUUCUGUGGUACUCAUCUUGCUUUAAUUUCCACCGUUGACCUUCUCAGAUUGGCCAGUCAGGCUAGAAUCCGACAUCUCGACACUGUAAAACCCAGCCAGCGUCUGACUCGGUGCGGCAAAGAAGCAUGUUUUGCUGUCGAAAUAGCUUGUUGGAAGGUAAAAGAAACUGAGGCUCAACCAGCUCGUGAAGAACUAGAACUGUGUCAAUCGCGCUCUAAAUCGGCCUCUGCACCAGCAAUAGCCGAUAGAAGAAACGGUCGAGGAGGAGGAUCUGGAAGAGUGCGAUCACAUUGCGUUGUUGCCGAGUCAAUGACAUUUCAGAAAGCCUCCAGUUUCAGAGCAUUCGAUGCCGGCCCUACUACUUCAAGAGAUGAUGAUGUCAGUUGUGAAUAA